AUGAAGUUCCGUUCGCUGGCCCUGUCGCUGCGUGUCUUCAACCUGAAGCGACAUCAUCACAAUUCUCAGAAUGAGGUGGGUGCCUUAAUUCCAGUUGACUUGGCCCUCCACUUAUGGCCCUUUAAUUCUUUUCACCCGAAUUACGAUAAAAGAAAGUAAAGUAAGAGUAAAUAAAGACCCGACUUCAUGGUUGGUCUGGCUUCUGCUCCGACCUUUCGGUCUGAUCUCCAAGCUGGACCUUUCCGGGCCCCGUUUACGAUGUCUGUCGGUGAUUUGGAGGUUAUGGGUGAUUAACUUUCGGGGAUUAUCACAUUAACAAGGCCAUAAACUGGGUGAUGGAACUCCAUGAUUAACAAUACGGUCUUGGCAGGUCUCCGAAAAUAACUUGGCCCAUGAGUAAUGCGAUCCCUUCCUCUCCACGACCCUCCAAUUUUAUAGACAUUAGCACCGAAGUCUUGCCAAACUUUUUUAUAUUAUCCAUAGCCUUCUAAUCAAUUUCUGUCCUUCUCUUCGCGGUUCCCAGACCCUGAAUCUGCUUCACGUCACUCUCCAGUAUUUAUUUCCACAUUUCCAAAAUUAAGGCCCUUUUUUGAAUUCAUUUUCUCCAAGUUUUCUCCCCAGCAUAUGCACCAUGACAUAAACAUGUGCUCAUCUUUCCUCCCUCUUCUGCGUAACCAUGGAAUUUAAAUCAUUUUUGGGGAGUUCUGGAUGGAUGUGGUCCAAAUUUAAAUUCAAUAUUGGUAUCUGGCUCCAAUUAAAUAAUAUGCAAAUUAAGUAAAAAAUAAGAUGAUUUGCAUAGUAUCUUGGUCGUGUGUUUUCAUGAAUAUUCCAGGCCAAAUUGGACGCCUCAAGAUGUCGGAGGAGUAGUAGUAACACAGACAAUUUGGUUGACUAGUUUAUAAUUUAUCCAUUUUGAGAAUGCCCUGAGGGCCUUGACAAAAUUCUGACUGCAAAUAGGGACAGGUGCCCCUCGUGGACAUCAAUUUUAAUCUGAACGCUUCACUGAACUCGAAGCCGGCUUCAUUUCCUUCCAUUUCCUUAUUUGGGCGAAUGGGAAAUGGGAAAAUGUUUGGUAAUUUUCGUAUUUCAGUAAAGUUUAGAUUAGUUUUCUGCAGCUCUAGUAGGUCCUCGGGCUCUGUUCAUUUAUGACUGUAAGUUAUUUCGUCCAUGUCUAUAGUCAUCUUUUUAAAAAUCAAGUUUUGAUGACAUACAAGAUAGCUGUAAUUUAAUUGUCUGAUGACCUCACAAACCCGAUCUCACACCCAUUUUACUAUUUAUUUUGACUCCUUUACACGCAGUAACUUGGAUUUCCGCCCAAGUCUUGGCCAAGUCCCCGAAUCCGGCUUCGAAUUUCGUUCGUUAAAUUGGAUUCAGAUUCCGUUGUUUGGGGACAAUGCCAAUCAGAAUCCCCUUUUCCGGCCCCGAUUUAACUUGAUUUCCCUUCUUCUCCCUUUGUUCCCAUGGCCACAAAUAUCGCAGUCUUUAUGGCCAAGUCUAUGACCUCAGGGCUGGGCAAUCAAAUUCAGGAAAAUCUUUUAUUUUAUUCGAAGAAUUUAUGCCGCCUAGAGUUGUAAGGAGUUCGUUUUGCAGUUAUUUACAGCCCCAUUGACUUGUUAUUACCCUAGAAUUACUGUAUUCUCAAUAAACGGUAGAUUACUCUACUUUUGUAGGCUUUUUUAUAUUAUCCAAGAGACAGAUGACAUGUAUUGAUGUUAUAUUGUAUUUAAAAAUCAAAAACCGUGACUUCUGGAAGCAAAAGUAAUUGUUUAGUAAUCCCACAGUUUCAUCGUUACUCAUUACUAAAGUUUAAGCCCAAAACUUAAUUUGACUUUACAAAUGCAAGUUUUUCUUCGUCUACUCCUCUCAUGUUACUCUUACUAUCCGUCUCAUCUUUCGUUUUUUCUUUUUUAUAUCCCCGUUCUGAAGCUGCGGGUUCGGCGGCUAUCUCAACAACUUUUGGUCGCUAAUAGCCGGAGGGCAUUCUCCAGUUUCGUGUCGUUUUUGGUGUCGUUUUGUUGGGGGAUAUCUAAUUUAUUGGCAAUUCGAUAGGUGCCCGGAGGGCAUUGGAAAGGCUGACUUCCGUUUCCGAUCCAAAAAGGGCUGCAUAAUAGUGCAAUUAGAGCCGAGUUUGGGCAUCCGCCAGUAAUGCCUCAGGGCCUAAUAUUUGGAUAAAAUUUUGUCGCUAUUCUUUUGGAGGUUUAAGUAAAGACUAGAAUUAAAAUAGCAUCAAAAACAUUUUAAUUUUUUUGGGGGAAAGGCUCGUGAUUUUCUGAAUAUUGAGAGAUGACCUUUGCAUAUUUAUAUUAGGUUGAUUCAAAAGUUUUUCCACAUGUCUUUAAAAAAUUUUUAAAAAUUUGGACCAAAGCCAGUGGGCCUGAUAUAUAUCUUGUUAGAAAGAGGGCUGUUUGUAGAUUAUAGUAGAUUAAUAACUUUUUACAACUUAGCAAUUUGUAGUAGUAGCGCCGUGUUAAACCUUAACUACUCGAAGGUAGAAAAAGUAAACCGCCGGCGUUACGUCUAGAGUGACUGUAUCUUCUUAAUAUUCUAGAAUAUGGUAUGCCUGUAUGUAAUCUCUAUGGCAUCGAGGGCAAUUUGCUAUAGGGCUAGUCGAAAAAUUUUUAGUGCGAAAAAUCAAAAAUUAGGGUCUGGCAAAAGUAGACCCUGUAGACGCAGCUAUUAGAAGCACUAAGAGAUAACGCUUUCUGUUAUUGUAGUGUAUGAGUAGCACUACAACGCCAAUGCUAAACAUUCGCGCUAGCUUUAGCUAUGCGGCAGAAAAAUCGAAUCUUUCUAAUCUACCAAUAUUUUACGAAGUUUAGGGGAUUUUUACAAAAACGUUUUCUGUUCAUUACUCUCGCCCGGUAUCCUAGUUAUUUAAUAAAUAAUUGAUCCUACUUGACAUACACUAUCAGUUGCUAGACGCGCUAAGCUGAAGGUCCUCUUGCCAUACCAGUAAAAAAAUUACAAAAAUCGUCUAAAAGUGCAGUUUAUGCUGCUUUUCUACCUUAUAAGGCAAUUUCAGUUGGUGACUUUUUGAAUGUAUCAUCAGCAUACUGUCUUUGUACAACCUGAAUAGCAGCCGAGUCAAAAAAGUCUAACCCCUUUCAAAAAAUUUUUAAAAAUCUGCUUUUGAUCGGUAGCUCGGCUCUUCGGCCAACUUUAUGGGAUGCUACAAAAAACGUCAGUGUAGAUAUAAGUAGAGCAAUAAAUUCAGAAGAAACUACAGCCAUCCCCAGUACGAAUAACCCAAAACCGGAGACUUUUUAGUCGGCUGGAAAAUUGCUAGGGCCCGGGAUAUUCACCAUGACGCAAACGGAGAAAUUUUUAGUAUUUUUGAAAUAUUCUGAAAGGAAGCUUGUAGAAAAUAAAAUGCUACGAAUCAAAAAUUUUGCAAUGGUCUGCCCCAUACAUCUAUGCUCUCAGUUUUAACGUACAUUCAAUCAGGCUCCAGAAAUUUUAUUUUGAAAUGUCUCAAAAAAAUGUGGAAAAACUUUUGAAUCAACCUAAUACGAAACCGUUUGGAGAGCGAUCGCUUAUAUCUAAACCCUAUUACAAUAUAUUUUUGCUUUCGCAAUUCUCGCUUGUAACUAUGAUUUUUAAAAGAAAAUUUAGUGCUUAAAGUACAAACUCGCGUAAUUUGUUAGUCAAGCCCUGAGGGCUUAUAGAAUUCCAUCCUUAUCAGUGAUUGCGCGCCCCUUUUUUUGCAGAAAGUCGAUUGGAAAAAGCGAAAAAAGAAAUAAUUUUUGAGAGAAACUUUUUCGUUUGCCCUGAGGGAAUGAAAAAAAAGAGUUUUGGACCGCUUUUUUGCAGACCGAUUUCGACUCCGGGAUUCGAUUACACUGGUUAUAACACCUGCAAGUUGCUUGUAAGAGUGGGCUUACAAUUACUGUCUAAUUUUAGAUCGUAUCUUGUUUUUUUCUUCUCAAUUUUGGCGAGCAAAACGCCUAAGGGCGUGAAUUGGGAGGGAAGUCGGGUUUCUCCGUCUAAAUAAGUAGUAGUAAGCAGAGAAAGGAAGUUUACUGGGCCAGGAAACCUUGUUAUUCCAAGUUUUAUUGCAUUUUUUGUUCAUCUCCACAAUCUUUUCCCUCAAAAAUAUAUUCAAAUUACAAGACUUUUGCCGUUUGAUUCCAUUUUUUGUUAAUUUUUCUGAUUUUUUGCACUUUUUAUUAACUGAUUUUAAAAGUUUUUCCAAUCUUUUGCAGCAAAUUUGCGUUUUUAUGACGUCUUUUUGAGCUUUUUGAUGUGAUUUCCUUAUUCUUCAAAGUUUACUUCCUGUUUUUGGACGCAAAAUCACCAGAAUCCCCUUUCUCGCAGCUAUUAACCUAGUUUUGGGUCGGGAUUUUAUUACUUUCUAGCCGCAUUACAUAGUUGCCAAGUGUAAAAAAUGUAAUUUUGAGUACUUUUUGGUGGCAUUAUUGCGUGUUUAUGCUCUGAAGCGGGGUCUAAUACUUAUGUUGGGCCCGUUUUUCCCGUGUAAAUAUGGUAAAUGUGAACUGCCAGAGGGGUCAGAGAUGUUCCUAUCUGUAAAAGAAGUCUUUGGAUUUUGAUUAACGACCCAAAAAUUUUAUAUUUUUUACAUUUUUUUGAUUAUUUGUACGAGAAUUUUACCGCGAAAAUUCUCAAAAAAAAUAGUAAUCUUGUUUGAGGUGUGCUGGGACAAAAACAAGGAUUUCCUCAUGAUUGGGGUAGAAAAAUUGUAUCAUAUCGUGUAGAGUCAGCCUACAUAAGAGUCCACAGUCGGAAGAAAUCGUAUCUUUUGAUGAUUUAUAGUAAAAAAUAGAGAAAUUCUGUUAAAUUAAUGCGAAACCAAUGUCAUCACUUAAAAAAAAAGAUGUCCCACUCCCGAUUAUCAACUUUUGCUUAUGAAAAUACCAACUUAUCAUGUAAAGUCUCAAAACUUUCGUUCAAACCCCCCUUCACGACCUUCCUUACACACCAUCGUCCAUUUCUGACAUCACUUCCGUUGCAGCGUCCACUUUAGCGGACCCCUCUUUAGCCAUGACCUCGUUCAUUUACAGCCCAUCUUCUAACCCCUUUUAUUUGCACUUGUACCAACUUGAGCCCCCUUUGUAACAAUCUUUUCUAUUCUAUCCGAUACAAGGUUUCCUAGAAUAAUAUAAAAUCCCUAAAAUAUCCUCGUCCCUUAAGUGCAAUUAUCCAUAAAUAGGAAUAACAUCAACUUCAACCCCAAUCCUCGUACACGUUGUUUUUGUCGCUGUAAUGUGUUCGCGGAACCUUUCCGGACAUUAAUCAAUUACUCGUAAUUUUGACGGCUCUCCGGGACACCAUUUAUGAAACAAUUUGUGGCCGGAGGGGACUUUCUACUCCUUUUUUUGUUAUUUUCAAGUUCCUCCAUUCUCUAACGACAUUCCCAUACACAGAAAGAAAGCGAGGCCCUCAGGGCCAUUAGCACUGGGGCUAUGAGGCCUAGAGAAACAGCUGUGACCUUUGUUUAACCUACACUUGGCUGUAAUGGGAUCUACACCUUCAAGUGCAAUAGAGAAUAUCUCAGAAAAAGGGUAAAGUAAUGGCUAUUUUAAGACCAAAAAAUCCAAAAAAGAUGUUUCUUUGAGGGAAUGAGCCGAUUCAAACCCGUUUAAAGUGCAAAAGUCAAACAAAAAAGGCAAUUUGAGCGGAUACAUCCUCGGAUUGGGUUACAAGAAAGAACGAUCCAGAAUGUUGCCAGAGGGCUUACAUCCACAAUAGCACCGCUGGAGAUGAGCAAAGUUUUGCGAUGACCAAGUUGGGAAGAUUAUUAAAUUGCGCAGCCUGCGCCCCGGACUCGGCCCAAAAUGGGAGGGCCUAAGGGCUCAGCUUGGGAAAAGGGAAGCCACCUCGCUAUAGUGUUAAUAUUUGUCUACACUUCUUUUCUUCUUCUUUCUCCAAGAGAAAACGAAAAAAAAACAUUUCGUAUCUCCAGGAAAGGGAAAAUACGGCGAUUACGCAGCAAAGCGGCUACUUUUCCUACCCGGAUACGGUCUAUUACCUUAUCUGCAAUUUGCUAAAGCAAUCUACGACACCAUCUUGUUAGCAUUAUGUCACGUAUUACUACUUUUCUAUAGCAAAUGGUCUUUUACGACCAUCCGAUCGCUAAGAUGAUCUAAAAUGAAGUUGGGGACGCUGUUGCCGAAGCGAUCAGCGGCCUUCCUUCAAUCGCUGGCUCCGCCGACCGAGGCCCAACGCCGAGGAACGCAGUCUGCGCCCAUAACCCCCACACAGCAAACGGGGAAACCCAAGUUUGAGGUAAGAUAACCACCAGACUACCCAAUUUCACAGACUUGUAGUACAAUUUUGGGUGCACUCGGGUUGAUCUUUUAAAGUUAAUUACGUCCCGCUCCUCUGUCUAAUGCAUUUCGGUGCAAAUGACAACCGAAUUCACUCUCGGCCCCAGUAAUGGCAUUGGGGAUUUGUUCAGAAACAGAUUCCCGAUGAUUGCGUCACCAAUUCAGGGCUCGCGAACCGGAUCCAAAACCGCGAAAAUGGGUGUAAAAGGGAUUUUUGGAGUUUUUGCAGGAUUCAAUCAUAUUUUUAAUCAUCAAAACAAUACCAAACCAUGUUUUUGUUUUGUAAAUUUUGGAAAUCUCGCUUCUCACUUCCCUCCCCAUCCCCAAACAUCUGAAACGUUCUUAAAUCAAUUUCCCCUCCGGGCCAGUGAGUCUGAAAUUUGAAUCCAUUUUUCUCUCUGGGCCCAAUCAGCAUUUCCUUGGCCACUUUCUCAAAUUGGCCUCGAUUUGGAUGCGCGACGUCCCCGGUCUCAUCUCCGUGCAGAAUGUGGCCAAUUGGCCUCGAGGCGGUCUGGAUGACAUUUACAGGGUUUGGGGGGAGAGAUGUAUUGAUAUUACUCGUUGACAGGGCCUUUUAUGCAGCUUUGACAAGGUUUCGGAUAUGGGUUUAGGUCUUGUUAUACUAUGUAUGUACACGUACUCUACGUCGAAGGUCAUUUACUUCAAUUCAGGGAAAAUCGAAUUGUAAGGUCAUUUCCUUCAAUUUAAGACAGGCCUAAGGUCAUUUCCUUGAAUAAAAGACAAGUUGUUUCAUAAACGACAAGCUUCUUUUUAUUGACUUUUACUGUGGGCUCUAAAGUGUUUAUCUUCCAAAAUAAGAUUCAAUUCAAGUCGUUGAAAAAACAGCUCCUUUUGGAAGCGGCGACGUCACAAUGGAAGAGCGCUAACCUCUGACCUGACGUCACGGAGAUCGCGUCACAGAUCAGGAACCAGUCCAUGACUCAGCCUCCCCGCUAUCAAAGUUAGUUCCCCAGCAAAAGUUUUGCAUUUUUGUUGUGUUAUAAUAGGGUCCUGGUCUUUCGCCGCGACGCACGUGAAGAGGGGGGAGAAGCGAGAAAACCGUGGAUCGCUGUCCCCCUCCUCUUGUCGCUGCCCGCCUCGAGCGAUCGCUCCCUCCCCCCCUUUACCUUGAGUUUUUUUCCUUUACUUUCACCUUUGUCGCGCUUCAUUUAAACCAUUGAUUUUGGGUGUUCGGCAGGUUGUUUAUCAGCCACUUAUCAGCCUCGGCGGUUUGGCUGAUUAGAUGGGGGCUCUUCCCUUUCGGGAUGAUGUCAUCUUUCUCCAGAUUCGGCCUGAAUCAAACUCUUUUCUGGGAAAAAAACAAUCGGAAAACGGGAGUUUAAUGGGGAGAACGUGAUCGAAGAUGGGAGGGGAGACGGCAUGCACGAUUACUUUUGACCAUUUCUUACAACUUCUUAGCUACAAAUAUGUUUAAAAGAAAGUCGACUCAGCCCGGCAAGGUAAUCUCUCUCUCUAAUCAGUCGGAUGUGUAAUAUUCCAGUAUAACAUAUUGUUAUGGACUCUCUAGACGCCCUUAAUUGGCCACAUUCCUUACAAUUCCUUAUAACAUACAAUCUGGACGUCAUUUAUCCACUUAUUCCACCCAUUAAUUUCCGGCAGUAAUUACACUUCCUUCCUUUUUUGUAAUAUUUUGCCUGCGGGUGUGUUGACGUGAAGCGAGUCUAAAUGGGGGAUCUUUUGUUCCCGGAAAGGCUGUUAUCAGUUGGAGAGAAGAGAGCCUUCGUAUUCCGAUAUUAUCAUAGAGGUCAGAAAAAGAAAGGGAAAAGUUUUUAUUCCUUUUUUAUAGCGAUUAAAACUAUAACAAAGUGGGUCCGAAAAGGUAGUAAAACGGCUAUUGAUAGGGGAUAGCAUGCGAAAAUGUUCUCUAAACUGCGGUUAUAUCACCAAAAUCGGUAUAAACGUCAUCAUUUUUCCCAAAUUUUUAUAUUGUCCUUGUCACUUCUGUUGGUCAUUUUUCUUAUGAUGUAUAUUCCUUGAUUGCACCCAACGUUUCGGUGAUGGUAUUCUGUCCUCUUUUUCUUCCAGAUCCACGAUCUUUUCCCAUUGGAAGAUCUCUUGCAGACGGUUGUGUUGGACGGUGCAGACCUCGAGGAUCCGAUGACCGCCCAGACUGAUGCCGCCGUCCGUCUGAAACUCCUCAGGCCCGAGCUGCCGGAGGAGCAGAUCCCGAAGGGCGCGGCUCUGAAUGACCUGACUUGUGCCAUCAAUGUCAAGGAGAAGGUCGAUAUUAACGGUGAGCUUAUUGAGUAUCUAUUAUCGAGUUUUAAGCAUCAUUGGAAUGUUUGAUUAUAAUUAUUGCAACUUUUACAGGCGAAAAUAGGCUCAUUCAAAAACGAAAAACAGUGCAAAUAGAUUGGGACAAGUGUUUCGAUGUGGCCAUUAUGCCGGGACGGGUAUUACAAGUUCUUCUUCAACAUGAAAAAGCUCAAGUCGCCGAUGCAACAAUGCGAUUAGAGGUAAGAAACAUCAGUGUUUAACUCUGCAGCAUAAUUUGGCUCUUUUGAAACCAGUUAUUCAGACUAAUAUGUAUCAACUGUUUUCCAGGACAUAGCCUCGAAAUGCAAGCACGACGCGAUCACUCACAUCUGGAUCAAUCUCAAACCCUGCGGCAGAAUCUUGGCGCAAACUCGAAGAGUCGGCUCGGCUCCCUCAAACAAAAGCGAGGAUCCCAGUACUCCGAGAGGCUUCGAAUCCGGAGGAAUGGGACUUCAGCGACGUCGAGGUGCCAUCAAACAUCAGAAGGUCCACGAAAUCAGAGGCCAUCAGUUUGUCGCGACCUUCUUUAGACAGCCAACUUUCUGCUCACUCUGUUCCGAAUUUAUGUGGUAAGUAACUCGGUAAUUGACUCGUUAUUGUGUCUAAAAUAAUGUUUAUUAUGGCACAUCUUGCAUUUGCAUUUCCAGGGGCUUGAAUAAACAAGGCUACCAAUGUCAGCUGUGUUCGGCGGCGGUGCAUCGGAAGUGUCACGAGAAAACGCUGAGUCAAUGUCCCGGCUCGGCCAAAAACACCAAGGACACAAUUGUAAGUAAAGAUAUUAUAGUAUUCUUGCCAAAGCCGUCCUCGACAUUAAUCAUCACAAUGUUAAAUUUUAGUACCUCAAAGAGCGCUUCAAAAUCGACGUCCCUCAUCGGUUCAAGACCUACAACUACAAAUCCCCCACCUUCUGUGAUCACUGCGGCUCCCUCUUAUACGGUCUCUUCAAGCAGGGCCUCAAAUGUGAGACCUGUGGAGUGAAUUGUCAUCAUAAAUGUGAAAGGCAUAUGCCCAAUCUGUGUGGAGUCAACCAAAAACAAUUAUCGGAGGCCCUAUUCGAGAUCAAAAGAGGUGCCCAUUCCUCGGUAAACUCCACUCCUCCAAGCCUCGGAUCCUUGAGUAUUUCGGGCUCUCCGGUCGACAAAAAUGCCCAAAAUGGAGCGACAAAUGGCGUGGGAAACAAGUUCAAAGCGUUGUUCAGAAAUCACAAUUACAGCAUCGAACAGCCCGAGGAGUAAGUUGUUUACAGAUGGGAGAGUUUUUACAGUGUCUUGUUCAGAUUUUUUCAACCAAUUUCCAAGAAAAAAGAGAAUGCAAACCUCUUGUAUUUACAGCUUACGAGUAAUUGGAAAACCGUAUUUUUAAGAAUUCAAUAUUAUCCAUCUAAUAUUUUAGCUCUACUGCAUCGUCCCCAGCGUCGUCAGAUGCUCCCAAGAAGUAUAAACUUAACAACUUCACCAUCCAAAAAGUACUGGGAAAGGGCAGUUUCGGGAAAGUUUUAUUGGUGGAAUUGAAAGGGAGACAGCAAUUUUAUGCGAUGAAAUGCCUGAAAAAGGACGUCAUCUUGGAGGACGAUGACACGGAAUGCACAUUUAUCGAGCGGAGGGUGCUGAUCUUGUCGUCGGAAUGCCCUUUCUUAUGCCAACUUUUCUGCUCCUUCCAAACUAAUGUAAGCAUUUUUUGAUGAGCUAUUUAUGAGUAAAAACAUUGUCUUAGAAUUUCAAAAGGAUGAUUUGGCUAAUUUAAAUUUUAGUGGCUAUAAAUUUUAAAGGAAGUAGAGAUAAGAAAAGAAAAACUUCAAUAAGUUAUAAGCCAAAUUUCAUCAAAAUUUAUUCCUCGAACAUGCAAAAAUUUCAGGAAUACCUCUUCUUUGUGAUGGAAUACCUGAACGGCGGAGACCUGAUGUAUCACAUCCAGCAAGUCAAACGCUUUGAUGAGAACCGCACCAAAUUCUAUGCCUGUGAAAUCAUCUGCGCCCUCCAAUUCCUGCACACCAAGAAUAUUAUUUAUCGCGAUCUCAAGCUGGACAACAUCCUCCUUGACGCCGAAGGGCAUGUCCAUUUGGCUGAUUUUGGAAUGUGCAAGACCGAGUUGAACCGAGAGAAUGGAAUGGCCAGCACUUUCUGCGGUACCCCCGAUUACAUUGCCCCCGAAAUCAUCAAAGGCCAGCUGUACAACGAGGCCGUCGACUUUUGGAGCUUCGGCGUUUUGAUGUACGAGAUGUUGAUUGGACAGUCGCCUUUCCAUGGGGAUGGAGAGGAUGAAUUGUUUGAUGCCAUCUUGAAUGAAAGGCCUUAUUUCCCAAAAUCGCUGCCAAAAGAAGCCGCCAAAUGUUUGAGUGCUGUAAGUUUUUUGAAUGUAAAAAUCUUUUGCUUCUAUUUUCUGCACAAUGCAGUUUACAAAAAAAUAAUUUUUAACGGUAAAAAAGGCUGACUUUUGAUCACAAUUUCAAUUUUUUUUACACUUUUCAAUUUUCCCACCUUUUCGCUUGCCACAGCACAGUGCGCAUCAGUAUAUUAUUUCUUCGCACCGUGCAGUUUCUUCUCGUAUUUCCUUUGAUUGCACGAUACAAAAAGUCUAUUACAGUACCCUUAACGAUCUUAUUGACGUUUCAGUUGUUCGACCGUAACCCGAACACCCGCCUUGGAAUGCCCGAGUGUCCAGAUGGUCCCAUUAGAACCCACGCCUUUUUCCGUGGUGUUGAUUGGAAGAAAUUCGAGGCUCGCCAAGUCCAGCCACCCUAUAAACCUCUUGUGGUAAGCUUUUUCUUUUUUUCGAACUUCCAUGUUUUCGUGGUGGGAGCCAAAAAUAUUUGAUGACAAAAAAUUAUGGCAAAAUUUAUUAAUAUAGGAAUGAUUGAAAAUAUUUUUUUCAGAAAUCAGCCAACGAUACGAGUAACUUUGAUGAAGAUUUUACGACCGAAAAGCCGGUCCUGACCCCCAUUCAGGACAAGAAUCUGCUGGCUUCGAUCGACCCCGAGGCAUUCGCCGAUUUCUCUUACACCAAUCCCAAGUUCGCCUAA